AUGCCACUCGUUUUAAUCGUCUCCGUAAUCUUACUUCAAACUUCAGUAAUACGAAGGUAAGAAUAGUUCAUUUGAAAGCGAUUUUGUUAGGAUGUUAUUGGUCACAAAAUUACGCUUUUUAUAAAUGUCCUCCUUUAAAGAAAAAUGAUUUUAGAAACAAUUUUCGGUUCCCAAGUAAAUUUAGACUUGAAAAUUUCGUAAUUAUAUUGAAUUCCCUUGAAAAACACUGACUCAACCCUUUCCUCCCCUGGACAUCCUUCACAUCUCCUUGGAACGGACACCUAGAGUUUUUCCGGCCAGCCUUGGGCCUGCUUUUUUUUUGUUGUUGUUGCCUUUUUUGGACUCUAAGAGGAGGUCAUCUUGUUAAAACUGACACUUAGUGUUUUCAGUGAAAUCUUUGUUAGAAUGAUUUUGACCGCAUUGAUGUAUUUCAAUACAAUGAAAAUUUUCAAUCCCUAAUAUACGCUACUUUUUUUGUAUAUUUUUCAAGAUAGGUUGAGCUUCCAAUUUUUUAAAUAAUAAUUAAUGUCCGGUCACACCUGUUUGCUUAGUUCUGGGUUCACUUAUUGUUUUUUUCGCUAAUUUUCCCAUGUCUUCAGUGAAGAAGUUUUAGACGAUGAUGUGCGCAUGCCCGAUGAACGGAAAACAAGAAGCAUUGAUGAAAACUGGCAUAGUACGUAUCACAACCUUGAUGAAGUAAGUACGAGAGAGGAGAGAGAUUUUGCGAUUCAUUUGAGAUAAAAUGAGUAGGGUUUGUGUUUAAUCAGUAAAACUCUCUUGUUACUGUCUUGACCAAUCACGUGUAAAACAAUCGUGCCCUCUUCGCUCGUUUUUGUCUCGUUAAUCAGAUGCGUCUGUCAUUAAGUAGGAAGACGGUAAACAGUAUAUGCAAUUGCUUCGAAAUUUGAUUGGUUUAUUUGAAUUUCUGCGCGUCGCAUUCUGAUUGGCCAGGAAAUUACGGGUUGCUUUUGGUUCAGUUUACGCACUACUUGAAUGCCUACAAAUUCUAUUUCAAUUUAUCUUCAAGCCAACAUAGUUUGCCAAUGAGGUGAAUGCGAAAUAUAACGUAACUGACUAAGGAGUGAAAUACUUUGCAUUGGUACGGCCAGUUUUUGGUAUAGUAUUAGUUUUUAUAAUCAGCUUUGCCAGUCUCCGACAGAGGAAUGGAGUGGUUCCUAACUUUUCUGAUUGAAUUUUUAAAUCGUCUACAAUUUUUUAAAACUAUUGGCUUAAACGUUAAUGAAAUUAAUUCGUAGGUGCAAAUUCAACAAAUUUUAGUCAAAGGUUAAUUUGAUUUUACUUCACAGAUCUUGGAAAAGUUGAAAGAGAUGAACCGCACGUAUGACAAUGCUGAUUUGUUUUCGCUUGGAAAGUCCCAUGAGGGAAGGCAAAUGUAUGCAAUAAAAGUAUGUACAUCUUUGAACUCUAAUACUCACACCUAGCUACGGAUAAGGAAAACAAAAUGGAUUAUACGUUCCUGGGAAACUUCCCACCUACCCCUCCCCUAAGCCAACAUUAUAACAACAUGCAUGCACACUUACUUCUCACUUACGGCAAAAUGUUAGCCUAGGAGAGAGGUGGGUGGUAAGUUUCCCAGAAACGUAUAAUGGUCCAAAAUAAUUUCUCACUCCCCAGUGUAAGGUAAUCCAAGACAGUCUUAGAAUCUGAUUGGUUGUUAGUAAAACCCCGUAACGGCGUAACGAGCAACGGCCAAAACAGCGGCGUAACGAGGUAUAUUUUCUUUCUUUUUUCCUUUAAAUCCGAUUUCUUCAAGUCAGUGUUGAAGCAAUUGAAACUCCUGCUUAUUUGAGACAUUUUGGCGAAUUGUAUUGGAGUUUUUCUGAGACACUGGAAUAUAUUACUUGCCGCUCCGCAAAUCUGGGAGGUCACUUAUUGUUACGUCGUUACCCAUUACACCGUUACGGGAUUUACUAUGACAACCUUCAGAAUUACUUGUCGGUGGAUUCAAUCGUUAGUGGGAUUCCGGACUCCUUAGGCUAAAUUCCGGAUUCCAAAGCCCAGGAUUCCUGAUUGUACGGGCAAAAUUUUUUUUUGAUUUUGGAAUCCAGAUUACCUCACACGGGGCAAAACUUUAUUAAUAAUUUUUUUAAAGCUGCUAAGCCUUUUAUGUUAACCUGGCCAUGUUAUGCUCUUCUAUGAUGAAAGGUUAUCAGCAAGAGAGAAUGAGCUAAGAGAUCGAAUCCCCCACACAUGACCCUCUUUCCGGCCAUGGAAAUUAUUUUUGAUCUAUUCUUAGCUCUGUGUCAUACUGCGUAGUUAUUUUAAGGACGCCACCUUAUUGGUCGGUUAGACUGGCGUUAUCAUGUAAUUUUAAACUUGGCGGGUAAUUUAUUUCACUGCCGAUGACGCAAAUGCAGCAAGCGACUUGACGUGUAAACUUGGUAUUACUUUCGCCGACAAGUCAAACUGAGAUUUCUAGGAAGAAAAUCUGGCCAGAGUAGUCAGAGUACCUGCGGACGAUCAAAACGGUCCUGGCUUGCGGCAGUUCGCCGGAGAAGCCGUUCCGACUCGAAAGAAAAAAGUCAUCCUCUCUUGUUAUAAGAUACUACAGUGUAGAAAAUGACGCAAGUUAAUUAUAGAAUUUAUACGUUCCUGGGAAACUUCCCACCUACCCCUCCCCUAAGCCAACAUUAUAACAACAUGCAUGCACACUUACUUCUCACUUACAGCAAAAUGUUAGCUUAGGAGAGAGGUGGGUGGUAAGUUUCCCAGAAACGUAUAAUGGUCCAAAAUAAUUUCUCACUCCCCAGUGUAAGAUAAUCCAAGACAGUCUUAGAAUCUGAUUGGUUAUUAGUAAAACCCCGUAACGGCGUAACGAGCAACGGCCGAAACAGCGGCGUAACGAGGUAUAUUUUCUUUCUUUUUUCCUUUAAAUCUGAUUUCUUCAAGUCAGUGUUGAAGCAAUUGAAACUCCUGCUUAUUUGAGACAUUUUGGCGAAUAGUAUUGGAGUUUUUCUGAGACACUGGAAUAUAUUACUUGCCGCUCCGCGAAUCUGGGAGGUCAAUUAUUGUUACGUCGUUACCCAUUACACCGUUACGGGAUUUACUAUGACAACCUUCAGAAUUACUUAAUUUUCAGUGGAUUCAAUCGUUAGUGGGAUUCCGGAUUCCUUAGGCUAAAUUCCGGAUUCCAAAGCCCAGGAUUCCUGAUUGUACGGGCAAAAAAUUUUUUGAUUUUGGAAUCCAGAUUACCUCACACGUGGCAAAACUUUAUUAAUAAUUUUUUUAAAGAGAGAAUGAGCUAAGAGAUCGAAUCCCCAAUACAUGACCCUCUUUCCGGCCAUGAAAAUUAUUUUUGAUCUAUUCUUAGCUGUGUCAUACUGCGUAGUUAUUUUAAGGACGCCACCUUAUUGGUCGGUUAGACUGGCGUUAUCAUGUAAUUUUAAACUUGGCGGGUAAUUUAUUUCACUGCCGAUAACGCAAAUGCAGCAAGCGACUUGACGUGUAAACUUGGUAUUACUUUCGCCGACAAGUCAAACUGAGAUUUUUAGGAAGAAAAUCUGGCCAGAGUAGUCAGAGUAGCUGCGGACGAUCAAAACGGUCCUGGCUUGCGGCAGUUCGCCGGAGAAGCCGUUCCGACUCGAAAGAAAAAAGUCAUCCUCUCUUGUUAUAAGAUACUACAGUGUAGAAAAUGACGCAAGUUAAUUAUAGAAGAAAGGGCUCCUUGUGAAUUCUAGCUAAUGAUUAAUCUGUCUUGAAAUUCAAGAUUUCAGGUAAAAAGACAGCAAACAAACCAGUGUUGUUCAUGCAAUGUCUGAUCCACGGUAAUGAAUGGAUAACUGGCUCCCUGUGUAUGUAUCUCGCUGACAAGGUAACGUGCUGUUAAGAACUAGUAAUUAAAAUAACAUGCUUACACCCAUUAUCAUUUUCACUGGUCGCUGUGUAUUUUAUACUCUUUCAAUAUCGAGACCACUGGUCCAAAUGUUCAUCAGAGAUGCCAAUUUUUGGUAGUGUUGUUGGUUAACAAACUAUAGUUUGUAGCAGACCCAAACGUAAGAGCUUUCUAAUACAAGCUUGAGUACAAUAGGACUUUUUCAAAAAUACUAUAAUACUCUUUGUUGUCCCUCCAAAAUUUUGCAUAAGCUUUGUCUUCAAUUUCUGUUGGUCAGGGUUGGGGAGUAGGCCGAGCUGGAGGUGAUUGUGAAAGACGACUGGGGACUAGUCAGUGACCGCCCGUAAUGCAAAGCGCUCGAUCUGGACGAUCUUACGGGAUAUUAGGGGGGGUCUAAAACAGUACAAAGAUCACGUGCGAAGAAGCUAAGAAAAGCGUGAACCUCCUUUAACAAUUUAUUACUUCUUUUACGUGACGUUAAAGCGGCGGCCAUAAUGGUGUCCCAAAUAUCAAUCUUCCCGAAUCUGCGAAAGUAAAACUUAUAAAAGCACUUUCUUCUGUUCUAUUAAUUUUUUUAUAGCUGCUUCCAUAGAGAGAGAAAACGCCCUAUUUGGACUAGAUCUUUCGCUGCCUUUAGAGCAGAGUGAACCUAACCACAGUGCUGUCUGCGAAAAGUUCAAUAUUGUAUUCUUUCUCAUCAACCGUUUUUGUUUUAGAUUUCAUCGCAAUAUGGACUGAUGUCCACAGUGACUGAGAUGUUAGACAAAAUGGACGUGGUUAUUUUACCCGUUAUGAAUGUGGAUGGAUAUUAUUACUCUCGCAAACACAGUUCUGUAAGAAAUAUUUUACUUUAAGAUAGGGAGCUUCAGGUUACGAUUUUUAUCACCCAGUAUGAGGAAAUCCAAGACAGUCCUGGUCUCUUAGAUUUUGGAUUCCACGCCGUCGCUUCCGGAUUCCAGGUACUACCCAGGUACUACCCUGCGAGCAAGCUCUAAGGGGCGCUUUGGCGGCGGGGCGGGAAAAGGAAGGAGAGCUUGCAAAUACGUCCCUCGAAGUUGAAUUCCACCUCCAAUGCCCCUGUGGCUCCCCAUCAACUGAGCUGUCCAAUUUCCGCCAAUUAGCGCGAAGCGGAAAGGAGCGCUAAUGUAAAAAAAAAAAAAAAAUAGCGAAAAACACGUGCCAAGGGUAAUGAUGUCAUUGCUAAUGUCAUCUCCGCCAACCAGCAUUUCGCAUCGACAUUUUCGAUGCAGAUCGAUAUUCAAAUUCCAGAGACGUAGUUCAAAUCUAUCCUUUUUUUUUCCUGCCCCGUCGACAGAGCGCCCCGGAAAGCUUGUUCGCAGGCUAUCCUGGUACUGGAUUCCUGUCUUUGUCAAUAGACUGUUGUUGAAUGAGAAUAUUCUUCUAUGAUGCGAUCCAAAUAUGGAGGACGAAGUGGUACAUACACACCUACUCCCCGUCAAGCACCAACAACUGGGCUGGUCACGCAUAAAGAUGAGAAAAAAGCUCACCAAGAUUUUUAGACAAUCAAAAUUAACCUUCACUUUUUUUUCUGUAGAACUCGUUUGCACGCAACUGGCCAAAAAAUAGAAAUAUUCUAUGCAUAAGGGGCAGAUGCUUUAGACAAGGUGUGGAUCUCGACAGAAACUUUGGCUAUGCCUGGGGAUGUAAGUGCAGGAUUUGCUGUUAAUGCAAGUUAGAAAAAUAAAGUUGAUGGUAUAAAACGGAAAGUAUUACGUCCUUGCUAUUUCGAUAACGUCAACAAAAGUGCGAACCUUUGCGAACCACGGGGAUUGAAGCUCAGUUGUUUUCCUUACACAGGCAGGCUAAGGUAAGAAAGUCUGCUACACAGCCUAUCUUUUUUACAAGGGAAGGAGCGUUGCGUGGCGACACAAAGAAAGGCUGUGUAGCAGACGAUUAAAGGUAACAAAGUUAUCCACUCUUUUCUAACAGAUAUAAACCCAUCGCAUCCAGAGACACAGGAACCUAAAAGUAACAUUUACAGAGGGAAUCAUGCGUUUUCUGAACCUGAGACAAGAAAUGUCCGAGGCUACUUGCAAAGUCUUGGUGGCAAGUUGAAAGGCUUCCUUGACUUCCAAGAUCGUGGAAGGCGACAAUGGCAGAUGCCAUGGAGAUACACUUUUACCAACAGCCCAGACCACGAUAUACAGGUACAACUAGACUUUAACCCUCUUCAGAUCAGACAAGGGGACUUUUGAGCACCCAAACUUCCCCCACCUCCCCGCCCCGUUACGAAAAAGUUGAAUAUAUAAAGUAAUUUAAAAUGAUGGAUCCAAGAUGGCGGAUUGUUACAUUUCCUUAUUUAACGUUUGGAUAAAUGACGUCACUGUUAUUGUUGAAGAUUAUUUUAUGUGCUAGGCAACACCUUAAUUUUAUCAGACACCUUACUUUUUGACUUUUAUUCCAUUUAUGGCUACUUUGAGGGAAAUGUACCCUGGGUGCCAGAGACUCUUCUAGCGCGGUUUCCGGUUUCUGUCAAGGCUUCGGCCUACGGUCGAAGAUGUGUCGCCCUUCGGCCAACACCGAAAAUUCCUCGCCGCAAGCGAGAAAAACCUCUGGUACCCAGGGUAAGGGAAAUGUGGAUUUUGCCAAUAAUUUCAACAAUAUGAGGUCAUAAUGACGACAAUUACGUCAUUAUAUCAAUCAGAUUUUCGCCUAGGGGCACUCCCUAUAACGGCCUAUACGGAAAGGCUAUGCCAAAAGGAGUACCUUUUUCCAGGCUUCAGGUAUAUUGAAGGGUAAGGAUUUCACCAGAUGAAGUACAUGAAAGGGUAGGGAAAUCGGUCCUUGCGGUCCGUAAACGGACCUUCAAAGCCGGGCUAACAGACGCAUUUUAAUGCUGUGAAAAAGAUAAAAAAAGCCUUUUUGACUUAGUGAUUCAUUCAGAAUUAAAAGACGGUGCAUUUUCAGCAGCGUGAGUUAAAGGGGGGAUGCAGCGCUCUAAAACUGUAUUUCAAAGGAGUACCAUUUGUCAAUAAAAUGUAUACGAAAGGGCAGGGGCGUAGCCAGGAUUUUUCAAAGGGGGGGUCACAGAGGCUACUCACCAGAUUGUCACGUCGACUAUAUAUGGUUUAUACCGAUGCUCUCCCUCGUGUAUCGGCGGGCUCAGUCGUAUUAUCGCGGCAUGAAGGCCCAUAUUAACUAAAGACAAGAGCCGUUGACGAAAAUACUUUACAAAAAAACAAAUUUUAAAAGUGGGCUUUUCAACAAUGGCUUUUACGGCCAAGAUAUAGGUUGUUUGCUCAAAAGAAGGCCUACCAAGGGGGGGUCACGGGCACCCCAGGAUCCCCCCCUAGCUACGCCCCUGAAGGGGUACCAUUUCUCUCAAAAAUGGUGUAUAAAAGGGUAAGGGGUUUGACCUUGGGGAGGAGCCUUCCCUUAUAAGAUUUUGUUGAGCACUCCCCUCGCGAGGGUUUCCGAGUUUAUCUCUUUUCUUCCUUGAUUUUUUGUUAAUAAUAACUCUGGGAAAUUCCCUCGGGCCUUUUCAUAUAUUCUAUUCACAGAAGAAAGCUGGUUUAGAGGCUGCCAAAGCUAUUUAUAAAGUGGGUUACCGUCAUGCAUAUCAGAGUUGUUGUCAAGCAAGUUUCCGUGAUGGAGGUACUCCCUUACAUCAUAAGCUCCUAAUAUGUAUGUAGCCGAUUUUUUGAAAACCAAACUAACGCAAUUUGCAGUCAUUUCAGAAAAAAAAGCGCCAAAAGGCAGGUUUCUUAAGUCCGAGAAGCUCCAAAAUCACUGAAACGAACAAACAACAACAACGACAACAACUUCAUUCUUUGGACAAAAAUACAAAAGUUGAAUAGUUUGUCCCGCAAAUAGCUGGAAAGCUAGUCGUGGCGGGGCACUGACAAGCACAUCAACAGAAAAAGAAAAGCAGACACGAAGGAAAAGGAAAGGAAAAAGAGAAAGAGCGAGGAGAAGGAAAGGAGGAGAAGAGAAAAAAGCAAUGGCUGCACUCUUAGUUUUUAUAGUGGCUACUUUGGAGAUAGUUUUUGGCCGAAAAAAACUGUUGGAUCGAUGGAAAAGGCCCAUCUGGCGAUAACCGGUUAUCAAAAAUCCGGCUAUAGAUUUACUUAAACAAUUAAAAGGUUUAAACAUUUCAAUACAGCAAUCCCCUUAGUUCGUUAACAGUCACUGGCAAAUUUAUACCAGCAUCGGUCAGUCAAAGCAAAGACAAAAACGAACAAUCAAAAAUAAAGCAAAAAAACAACAAAAAAAAAAGAUAGGAAACUAUCAGUAGGAGGUGGACCCAGCGUGGAACUAGAAAAUCAAGAGCUGUUUAUACAUUAACAUGGUGAGCCUGACAGGACCUUUUGCAAUUUCCAUGCAAUGCCUAGUUCCCAAUUUGCCGAAAGAAAUUACCUCAGUCUUCACUUUUUAACUAUUUUUAGCUUUGUGGUACUCUUAACUAGUAAACAACUCCUUUCUGUUUAGAUCAGCGUAUAUGUGAUCUAUUCUCCAUACAAUUAUUAUGACAUCUACAAAAUCCCGGCGAAGGGGAUUCAAUGAAAGUUUUUCGCAGAUUGUUGAUGAUUCCAGAGGUUCCCUGAAGACUUGUCAAGCUGAGUGACUCGAUAAUAGAGACCUUUAAAUUCUAGGACGAGAACGACUACCGGUGUACGAGAUCUCACUUAAAGGUUUUUCGCGCGUAUUCUCAAAUAAUGGACACCCCGGAUAGCUUCCUUGUACAUCUUUUUACCAAAAAAAUUAGCACUGUUAUCUUUAUUGAAUGAGUUUAAGCUAUAUCUCUCGGCCGCAAAAUAAUUUAACCUAUAUAGUACUUUAUAACUUGUGUCCGCUAAUACGACAUUCUCGCUAAAACUCGUAGGAGAGUGACGACCGUUACUACGUUUUCCCGCAAAAAUAUUCACGCGCGAGCACUACUUAGUAUUGAGGAAAUCUCUUACUCGUAGUCGUACUCGUCUUAGAAUCGAAAGCUCUCUGAUUUGUAGCAGCUACAACGAUUAUAUGUACAUGGAUGAAAUUUUGUUAUACCUUUCAGGCCCAGCAGGUGGAGGAAGUGUUGACUGGGUGUACGGCCAGCUCGGUGUGAAAUAUUCCUACGCUGUGUCCAUGCAAGAUCGAAGUGGAAGGGGGGAGCGGUUUGUCUACGUUGGAAAAGGAUUGCUCGAAGGAGUAAAGGCAUUUGUUAAAGCAAUGCAAUUGUAA